AUGUUUUCAUCAAAUCCUUUUCCACAUCUUUCCUCAUCCGCCAAUGUCUUAUUUCCUCCUACAAAUUCUUUCUUUGACCAUGAAAAAGAUGAUGUUGAAUUUCACAACUCAUUUCUCUCAGGAGACUAUAAAAUCCUUGCUUACAAUAAUAGUGCAAAACAGCUUGUUAUGCAAGAGCAACAGUUUUCUGAAGGAUCAGGGUUACAAUAUGGUGAAGACCAUGAUGAUCUUUUAGAUUCAGUCAUUUCUCCUUAUAAAAUGAAAAUGGCGGCUUUAAAGAAAGAUGGUCAUAGUAAGAUCGAAACAGCUCGAGGCCCACGAGAUCGAAGGGUGAGAUUGUCGAUUGACAUUGCAAGAAAAUUCUUUUCUCUUCAAGACUUGCUAGGGUUUGAUAAAGCAAGCAAAACCCUAGAUUGGCUUCUUGGUAAAUCGCUACCCUCGAUUAAAGAUUUGGUGGAACAGACGUCGACGACUCAGUGCUCGUCUUCAACUGUGACUGAAGAAUCUAAAGUUAAGUUUCUUGAAACCAUUGAAAGUAAUCGAAAGAAGAAAAAGAAAUCAGUAGUGGUCAAGUCAUGUGUCGUGCCGAAAAAGAAGAAAACAAGUGUGCAAAGAUGCAACAUUCAAGAUAAUGUUGCAAGAGAGCAGUUAAGGACAGAGGCAAGAGCAAGAGCUAGAGAAAGAACAAAAGAAAAAAUGAGAGUUAAAAAACUUGAUGGUUGGAGUCAAAUUGAACAACAGAAUGAUUAUCAUGAAGAUUCGAGUUUUCAGAUUAAUGGAUUUCAUGAGCAUCUUGGUGAUCAGGGGAUUAAUGAUUAG